GCGUGCGCACUUGCGUCCCCCCCCCGCGGAGGACGCCAUUUUGUCCUCCUGGCCGACCGGGACGCGUUGCCGAGAUGCCGGAGCAGUCGGACCGGGACGUGUACCGGGAACCCCCUCGCCGCACGCCGGCUCCCAACCCUCAGUCGGCCAUCCCCAACCCCGUCGACCUGAUCCAGAAGAUAUAUGAAUACACGGUCGACGCGCCCGUCACUGCCUGGAGGAAUUUUAUCGAGCGCCAGCACGCGAAACACAGGUUCUACUAUUACCACCGGCACUUCCGCCGUGUCCCGGAUCUUACGGAGUGCCUGGAAGAUGACUUCGUUUGCUUCUACGAAGCGGAGAUGCAGUGGGACAGAGACAAGAAAGUUGAUGAAGAGAUUCUGAAAAUCGUUCAGGACAGAUUAUCAGCCUGUACGCAGAGGGAAGGAGAGAGCCACUUCCAGAACUGCGCAGGGGAAUUGGAGCAAUUCAAAGAAGUCGUCAAGGCCUACCAGACUAAAUACGGGGACCUGGGUUACAGCGGAAAUGCUCGGACUUGCCUGAUGAAACAAAAGCAGCGUAUGAUCGCGGAAAGGAAGGCUCAGGCAGCCGCAACCCACUAAAAGGCAAGACGGAUGCCCAAACCAAACCUCUCAGUGUGCGUGCGCGGCACAAACUGGUAGUACCCUACCGAGCUCUCGACCGCCCGUGUUUCCGAACCGACCGAAGAAUCUGCAAAGCCAGACUGAAGCGUGACAGUCGCCAGAAUGGAAAUAAAUUCGUUGUGUAAAAAGAUUAGGCUCUUGUUUUCGCUGUUUGCAUAGGGGAAAUGAAGUGGGAAAGGACCGAAACAUGGACCUUUAAAAGCCACAGGAUUUAUACCUCAGAAAAGAGCAAGAGUCCAGUAGCACCUUGAAGAAGAGAUUGGAUUUAUACCCCGCCCU